AUGUUACCAGGCAGGACGAGCAGCUUGAGGCCAGCGUUUCGGAGCCCCAGCUYCGGGAGCACCUCGUACUCCAGGUUUAAGAGCUCCAUCAGGAAGAAGCUGACAGCCAGGGCCCCAGUGGYAAGCAGCCCUGUGGUCACCAGAUGGCAGCAGCUGCCCGCGAGAARCAGCACGGAAGGGCUGCCCAGAGGGGCAGCCUGGCAGCAGGAGCUUGACCCAGGAGCCUCGGGGACCCCUGGGCCCCUGCACCCACCUGGGAGGGCACCAGUGUCGUCUCAGGUGACUAACAAACUUUCUGUCAAGAAGACUGGUGUGACUCUAGCAGGCUUAAAGUGGAGAAAUACCAGCAGAGCUGAAAUGAGACAGAAAUGUCCUUCUCAGCUUUUGACAGACCAGAAGGUUGGAUAUAGCAUUUCAGAAAGUGGUAGCAUGAAGAUCUGUGAAAAUAUUAACUGCAUGUGGAAAGGCUGCCGAAAAGGGGCCCAGGAUGAGUUUAGAGCUGUUACCACCACGAAGCUUUUCACACCAUUGGAGCCAGAAGUGAGGCUUCAUGUGACUGGCUUGCACAAUGAUUACUAUCUAAACAUAUUGGACUGGAACCAUGAAAAUCUCCUUGCCCUUGCACUAGGACCUGCAGCACAUGUCUGGAAUGGCAGUACCCUCCAAGGCCUUGAAAGCAUUGAUUUAAAUUCCAGUUUCAAAUACAUUUCUUCUCUGGCUUGGAUAAAAGAAGGAACCUGCCUUGCAAUUGGUACCAGUGACGGAGAAGUGCAACUGUGGGACAUUGAAACGAAAAAAAGGUUGAGAAAUAUGUUUGGUCACCURUCUGUAGUUGGAGCUCUGAGCUGGAAUCAUUAUAUUCUAAGCAGUGGUUCAAGAUUAGGAUCUAUUCAUCACCAUGAUGUUCGUGUUGCUCAGCACCAUGUUGGGACUCUUUGCCAAAACAAGCAAAGCAUUUGCAGCCUGAAAUGGUCGGUGACCGACCAGUUGCUGGCAAGUGGCUCUAGUGGUGGAAUAUUGAAUAUCUGGCAUAGUGAYCCUGGUGUGAAAGUGCAGUCACAGCCACUGAAAACCGUACCUCAUUCCUCAGCUGUCAAGGCUAUGAACUGGUGUCCUUGGCAGUCCAAAAUCCUUGCUACAGGAGGUGGAAUGAAAGAUGGUAUCUUGCGUGUCUGGGACCUAAAUCAUGAGAAAAUCAUCCAAAGUGCAGCUACAGAUUCUCAGAUUUGUUCCUUGCUCUGGUUACCCAAAACUGAGGAACUGAUGACUGGACAAGGCCUUCCUGGAAAUCAGAUGAUAAUAUGGAAGUAUCCUAUGCUUAUCAAUUCAUCACAGCUCUAUGGUCACAAAGGGAGAGUGCUGCAUGUCGCCCUGAGCCCAGAUGAGAGCAGGCUUUUUUCUGUGGCAGCUGAUGGGACAGCUUGUGUGUGGAAAUGCCACUAGUCUGGAGAGGGCAGCCACACCCUCACCCUGCCACACAGCAGGGCUCUUUCUAAUGGUUAUGUGAGCUCAUUCUUGUGA